CAAGACGCAGCUGGCGAGGUUUCAUUGGAUAUUGCCCAUCCAUCACGUCGCAGUAUACCUACUAUCGUCCCAUACUUGCAAAUUUGCCCGGCCUACCUACCAUCUGCCAUCCAACCAACAGCACUGGCGACUAUACUCUUUGCACUCAAUCUUUGCCGGAUCAUCAACUCCACAAACUAGAAGCAGUUGUCGCACCUGACCACCAUGACGAGCGAGCUUCGUCAACGGCCGGUCGCCAACGCCGCGCCCGCGCCCGCUCCGACCCCGAACUUAAGUGCCAAUGCCUCCAAGUCCGAAAGGCUUAACAUCGAACACCCGUCGGGGAAAGCGAAGCACAGCCAACUCGUAGCAUUGCUACGGCUGUUGUCGUUUGUGGCAUAUUUUGCGACUGGACUUGUAGUUAUUCACAUCACCCAAUUUCUCGGCGCGCCAUUAUACUGGAUCAACAGGGAGUUCUACUACGCCUACAUAGCUCUGACUAAGCAGUCGUUCGGACUCCUCGUUACGGCAAUGACACACUGGUGGGCACCGACGGUGAUCAGAGUCAGCGGUGAUGCGUCCGUAGCCGGCCAGCUCAGCCUGACACCUGAUGGGAGAAUCGAAGCCAAAUUCCCAGAGCGCCUGGUCAUGAUUGCGAAUCAUCAGAUCUACACUGAUUGGUUAUACUUGUGGUGGGUGGGCUAUACGAAUGUCCCUGCGAUGCAUGGACAUCUCUACAUUAUCCUAAAGGAGUCGCUGAAGUACAUCCCCAUCAUCGGACCAGGCUGUAUGUUCUUCGGGUUUAUCUUUCUGUCGCGUAAAAUGGCCACCGAUCGCCCACGGCUGUCGUAUCGACUCGGGAAACUCAAGAAGAAACAUGGGGUUCCUGAUGAUGACAAUGACGAUGACGAGCAAAGCAAACAAUAUUACGACCCAAUGUGGCUGCUACUCUUUCCGGAGGGCACCAACCUGUCGGACAACGGCAGGGUUAAGUCGGGGAAAUGGGCCGAGAAAAUGGGUUUGAAGGAUAUGCAACACAUGAUGCUGCCCCGCAGCACUGGAACAUUUUUCUGUCUCAACGAGCUAAAGGGUACAGUGGACUACGUGUACGACUGCACAGUAGCAUACGAGGGAGUACCUCGUGGUGGAUAUGGCGAAGAGUACUUUACUCUUUCCAGCACGUACUUCCACGGCCGACCCCCGAAAUCUGUCAACUUCUAUUGGCGGCGCUUUGCGUUGGCCGACAUGCCACUCCACGACCAGGAGGAGUUCGACAAGUGGUUGCGUGAUCGUUGGUAUGAGAAAGACGCCCUUAUGGAACAAUAUGUCUCCACUGGUCGCUUUCCUGCCAAUGGAGCCGGCAUCGAGGGGCAUAUCGAGACCGAAGUCCGGACACAGUAUUGGUGGGAGUUUCUCAAGAUCUUCAUCAUGCUUGGGUCGUUUGUUUUGAUCUUUGGGUCCAUUCUCAGAGCCCUGCGGAACUUAGCAGGUAAAUAGGUAUGGGCAGGGUCGCGGUUAUGGAUGAUACCAGGAGGCAACAUACAUAUGGUUGGCGUUUCUGCGCCGUGUAGCUCGGUUUCAAGGCUUGGGAAGGAUGCAUCAAUGGUCGGUUAUAAACGGCGUGGGCUGUGUUGGAUGUCCCUACUCUGUAUGUCUUUUAAUACUCAUCAUAACAAUAUAAUCCCACUCUUCCACGAGGCUAUGAAAUAGUAGUUUUAUCAGCAGCUCAAGCU